GCUCUGGGCUCAGCACAGGCAGCACCAGGCAGAGCCCCUGCGGUAGUGAGGAAGGAGAUGUUUCCCUUCCUCCUGAGCAAGCUAGCAGAUACUCUGCUGAAGCUGGGCUAUCCGCUCCCUGCUCAGAUGGGGAUAUCUGAAGGAACAAAUCUGCUUCUUGAGCAAACAGCCAGUACCAAAAUCUGAUUUUCGUUGGGCACACUGUGUAUCUUGAAGGAGAGGCUGUUUUCUACUGGUGAGCAACUGGUUCUACCAGCCACACCAGAGUGAUAAAGCUUGAGUUUUGAAUAGCUGUCAGCACAGAGGCAUGUACUCCAAGCAGUGCUCAGAUACGGAUGUUUGCUAAGGCAUAACUGUCCCUCUGGUGUGCAACCAUUGAUUGGAUGGACAGUUGCAUAAAGGAUCCCAGAAUAAGACCAGUCACCAUCCUCUGAGAGAGCCCUGAGGCUGUUACUGUUCAGAAGAAAGCCAGACUCCAGCAGCAACAUGUCUCAGCUGGAAACCGCGAUGGGAAUGACCAUUGCUGUCUUUGACAAAUAUGCAAAGGCUGAUGGCAACAGGCAAACCCUCACCAAAGCAGAACUAAAGAUGCUUCUGGAAAAAGAGCUCCCAAACUUCCUCUCGUCAGCGAAGGACAAGGAUGCUAUUGAUAAAGUCUUCAAGAACCUGGAUGAAAACGGUGAUUCUCAAAUAGACUUCAAGGAAUUUGUCAUCUUUGUGGCCACUCUGACUUGCUGCUGUCACAAAUAUUUUGAGCAGAAAGCAGCCAAGUAAUUGUCAAAACGCUCUCAGAAGCCUUUGCCUGUGCUCCAUAUGCUUGUGGUAUGGAUCCCUUCGCUCCUUCCAUGUGCUGCCAUGCAGUUUACAAGCAUGCUGGGCUGUAAAAAUAAAUCCUACUGUGCUU